CGCACAUCAUCACGGAGUCUAGAACCAAAACUUGCACAUCCCUACUACUUUAUAUAAACUCCCCCAAAUAAUCAAGAAAAUUAGAGAAUCAAGAAACCAACACAUCAAAUAUUCUUCUUUCCCUUUUGUUCCAUUUCCUUUACCAUUAAUCAUGUCUCGUUUAACUAAGCAACUAACAUUCUUCUUGUUCUUGGUGAUCUCAACUCCACUAGUACAAAUUGAAGCAAGAAAAAGCAAGUUUAUGAUCAUUCCUGCAUCUCCUGCACCAGCUCCAACUCCAAUCAAUGAAAUUAGUUUUCCUCCAUUUUCAUCCUUUACUCCAACUCCAUCACCAACACCAACACCAACACCAACAUCAGCACCAACACCGUUUUUUAAUGAUUUCGCGUUUCCUCCAUUGUCAUCUUUAAGUCCAACACCAGCACCAGUAGGUAGUGAUCAAGAUCCUGAUGUGAACGGUGUACCGGCGCCUGCAGUGGCACCAAUAGGGAGUGGUCAAGAUCCAGAAGAAGGUGGCAUUGAAGCACCAGCACCACUUUUAACUGAUACUCCUUAUGGACUUUAUGGUCCUCAUUCUCAGGAAAUUCCUUCAACUGUCACAAAUCUUGAUGAGGUUGAAACUCAAACUCCUGCCGAGGAAUUCCAAGGUGCUAGAUUUAAUACAGAUGAGUCCUACAAUAACAAUGGUUAUGAUUCCAACAACAAUGGCUACUCGGAGAAUAACAACAACAAGAACAACAAUGGCUACUCGGAGAAUUACAACAACAACAACAACAAUGGCUACUCCGAGAAUUACAACAACAACAACAAUGGCUACUCGGAGAAUAACAACAACAAGAACAACAAUGGCUACUCGGAGAAUAACAACAACAAGAACAACAAUGGCUACUCGGAGAAUAACAACAACAAGAACAACAAUGGCUACUCGGAGAAUAACAACAACAAGAACAACAAUGGCUACUCGGAGAAUAACAACAACAAGAACAACAAUGGCUACUCGGAGAAUAACAACAACAAGAACAACAAUGGCUACUCGGAGAAUAACAACAACAAGAACAACAAUGGCUACUCGGAGAAUAACAACAACAAGAACAACAAUGGCUACUCGGAGAAUAACAACAACAAGAACAACAAUGGCUACUCGGAGAAUAACAACAACAAGAACAACAAUGGCUACUCGGAGAAUAACAACAACAAGAACAACAAUGGCUACUCGGAGAAUAACAACAACAAGAACAACAAUGGCUACUCGGAGAAUAACAACAACAAGAACAACAAUGGCUACUCGGAGAAUAACAACAACAAGAACAACAAUGGCUACUCGGAGAAUAACAACAACAAGAACAACAAUGGCUACUCGGAGAAUAACAACAACAAGAACAACAAUGGCUACUCGGAGAAUAACAACAACAAGAACAACAAUGGCUACUCGGAGAAUAACAACAACAAGAACAACAAUGGCUACUCGGAGAAUAACAACAACAAGAACAACAAUGGCUACUCGGAGAAUAACAACAACAAGAACAACAAUGGCUACUCGGAGAAUAACAACAACAAGAACAACAAUGGCUACUCGGAGAAUAACAACAACAAGAACAACAAUGGCUACUCGGAGAAUAACAACAACAAGAACAACAAUGGCUACUCGGAGAAUAACAACAACAAGAACAACAAUGGCUACUCGGAGAAUAACAACAACAAGAACAACAAUGGCUACUCGGAGAAUAACAACAACAAGAACAACAAUGGCUACUCGGAGAAUAACAACAACAAGAACAACAAUGGCUACUCGGAGAAUAACAACAACAAGAACAACAAUGGCUACUCGGAGAAUAACAACAACAAGAACAACAAUGGCUACUCGGAGAAUAACAACAACAAGAACAACAAUGGCUACUCGGAGAAUAACAACAACAAGAACAACAAUGGCUACUCGGAGAAUAACAACAACAAGAACAACAAUGGCUACUCGGAGAAUAACAACAACAAGAACAACAAUGGCUACUCGGAGAAUAACAACAACAAGAACAACAAUGGCUACUCGGAGAAUAACAACAACAAGAACAACAAUGGCUACUCGGAGAAUAACAACAACAAGAACAACAAUGGCUACUCGGAGAAUAACAACAACAAGAACAACAAUGGCUACUCGGAGAAUAACAACAACAAGAACAACAAUGGCUACUCGGAGAAUAACAACAACAAGAACAACAAUGGCUACUCGGAGAAUAACAACAACAAGAACAACAAUGGCUACUCCGAGAAUUACAACAACAACAACAAUGGCUACUCCAAGAAUUACAACAACAAUGGCUACUCCAAAAAAAUCAACAAUAAUGUUACAACAAAUUACAACAACAAUAAUAACAAUAAUGUUUUCUCCGAGAAUUACAACAACAAUAACAACAAUGCUUUCUCCGAGAACUACAACAACAAUAAUGUUUUCUCCGAGAAUUACAACAAAAACAAUAACAACAAUGCUUUCUCCGAGAACUACAACAACAAUAAUGUUUUCUCCGAGAAUUACAACAAAAACAAUAACAACAAUGCUUUCUCUGAGAAUUACAACAACAAAAACAACAAUGCCUACUCUGAGAACUACAAUCAAGCUAGCAGCUACAAUAACAAUGGCAAUACGGUGGAGAGGCAAGGAUUAAGUGAUACAAGAUUCUUGGAGAAUGGCAAGUACUAUUAUGAUAUCAAGAAUGAGAAUCCCAACCACAACAAUGGCUACUCCGAGAACUACAAUCAUGUUAGCAGCUACAAUAACAAUAACAAUAUGGUGGAAAGGCAAGGAUUGAGUGACACAAGAUUCUUAGAUAAUGGCAACUACUUUUAUAGUAACAAUGGUGAGAAAAUGUCAAUGGAAGAAUCUGAAAGACAGCAGGAAUAUCCAAAUACUGAAGAUCAGUAUGAACUUCCUUGAAGACUAACAUUAUCAGUUGGCUUAAAGAAGAGGGACAAAUGCAGGGAACAUGGAAAUAGAUUUAAUUUACAGAGUUUGAUUGAAUUUUUAAGUUAUUUUGAGUGUUUGUUCAUUAGUUCCACUUGCGUCUGCAAACACCUUUUUUUCUUUUUUAUAGUUCUGCAAAUCAGACCGAGGGAACUUUGUGUUGUUUAACACUUUCGGAUUUUUGAAACUUAUUAUAAUGAUCUUGAUGCUU